GUUGGGACCCAUGCCAUGGAUGCGCGCCGCUGCGGAUCCACCACGACGGUUGGUGGCAUGCAGGACAUGUCCCAUCUGUUUAAUAGCGAUGUGCCCCUCUAGCACUCGGCCUGUUUGCCUGUAUUCUCCCUUGCCGUUGAACUUGCAGUAGCAUCAUCUGCCACACUCCCGGCACACGCGCUGCCCGCCCUCCACAUGAUGCUGUCCACCCUUCAGCCUUCCCACCCAGCAUCAUCUGCCAUGUCCAGUAUGACUUCCAGUAUGACGUCCAGUAUGGCCACCUCGCUGCCUAUAAUACCUCCGCGCCAGGCCCCGCCACGGCCCAAACUCUCCAUCAACACUGAGCAACCGCGCAUCCUGGGCAAAGGUGCCAGUCUCCGUCUGGAAACCCUCAGUGCCGUAUCACCAACCGUCCGCAACACCUUCUCCAACGCCUAUGAGCGCCCAGCGACCGCGCCCACCCUCCAGCGUCCCUCAAGACCCCAGCUCUCCAUCGAGAGCGACGUGCCCGCCACUACCAGCGGCUCUACCAGCGCAUCAACGCCAAGUUCGGCGUCUACCCUCUCCUCCACACUCACAUCGGCCUCCAACGACUCGGCCACCCUCUCAAUACCCUACAAGCAACCCCACAACCUCGCCUCGAUCCUCUCCAACAGCCCCGCACGCUCGAUAAUACCACGCAAGAUGGGCUCCAGUCGGCCCAUGUUCCCCGCCGAGAAGCGCGUCUCAUUCCGCACACCACUGGAGGAGGAGAUCACCACCACCAAAUACACCCUCGCACACUCCGACAUUGAGUCUUCCGUCUCUACUCUCUCCUCCCUCGCAUCCACCGCAUCCACGACCACCGACUCUGACGCCUCGACCUCGCAGCCGUCACUAAGCCUGAAGGCUUUGAAGAACCCCUCCGAAACCAGCAUAUCGCCCCUUCAGCUCUCCCUCAUCAGCACAUCGUCGUCUGCGGAGAGCUCACCAAGACCAAAGUCUCCACGCACAGGCGAGAAACGCGACUCUUCAUCCUCGGACGACGACGACAGUGAUUCAGCUCCCGAAACUCCCGUCGCUGGACGACGGAAGCGGACGAGGGACUGGCGCUGGACACUCGGUCCCCUACCCUCUGACAACAAGUCGUCAGUAUCGUCGGCGAGCGAUGCGACGAUCAGCGAGGACAGCAGUUGAUGAGUUGACGGCACGCAUGAUUACGAACUGUACAGAGCGGGAUGAGACGAAGACAAACGCAUGCGGCGUUACAUCUACAUAGCAUUUCUCGGUGUUUUAUUUGUCACUUUCCAUGAUA